UGUGUGUGUGUGAGAAGCAAGAUUUAGAAAAGAGUGACAGGGGACUAGAUGUGGAUUAUUGUGAGCAUCUGCUGGAGUCUGACGGGCAGGACGAUGAGCGACGGGUUGGUUGAUGACCUCACAGCUGAAACAGGACACACAAAGACAGGUGGCAGGAAAUAGACAGAGACAAGCCAGUUCUGUGUUGGGACACAUUGAGAUCCCGUCCCGGGGUUCUUCUUCCUUUUCAUGAUUAAUAAAUCUUUAUCUUUGAACAAACCUUUUGCUGCCACUUGGGAGUGUGACGCUAUUCAUCUGUGUGUCCAUAUGGGGACAUUCGAAGGAAACAGGAAAAGGUUGUGCAGGCGAUGAUACGUCAGCAGGCUCUAACUACGUGUUUACAUGUUAAAAAUGCAACAUUUUCGUGAUAGUCAAAUACCACCUGAUGUAGGCAAAAGCAAGCAGCAAACAUUUCCAUAUAGACAAAUAGGAAAAGUUCUUUGGUAAAACCUACAGCACAUAAGAGGCAAUGAGACGUCCUGCAGAAGUGCACUUCAUCUCCUCCAAAGAAACACCUGCACACCAGGUAAGAACACUAGUUGGGACAUUUGGGCUUCAUGUAGCGUUUUUAUUUCAUCCAGCUAACAAGCAUUUGUGUAAUGUGCAAUAACCACAGUGAGACCCUGUGUGUACAUAAACAUUUACUUUCUUAGUUACAAGUAUAUUCAGUUACUGUGGGUUUUUGCAUUUAUUUCUUCUUUUUUUGUCUUAUUAUUAAUAUAUAUUCUUCUUGUUGUUUUUUUUACCAUGUAUCUUGUGUGUACUUUCAUAGAAGAAACUAUGCUCCGCCUGGUGAUUCUACUGCUCGCUUCAAGUUGCGUCACUCUGUGUUCACUCUUCUCCCGAGAGUAUCACCUGAUAAACGAGCAUAAGACAUGGGACGGGGCCCGAGCUUACUGCAGACAGAACCACAGUGAUCUCGCCACCAUCGGCAACAGGGACGACCUGGACAUACUUAGGAACAUGACCAACGCCAUCGGCUGGACUAAGGACACCUGGAUUGGACUUAGAAUGGGCACGGGGUUCUCCUGGAAGUGGUCCGUAGGAGAGCCUGAGAACAUUGCUGUGUACACUAACUGGGCCGCUGCACCAGGCUCGGGUUCCUGUGGCAGCGUGGCGGUUGGUGGGAAAUGGCUCGCAGCCUCCUGUGGAUCAACACUGGGGUUUAUCUGUAAGGAAGGUAAGGGCCUCGCUUUGUUAGUUGUUUCUACAGAGGUGUCCUGGUGGGAAGCCCGGCAGCACUGCCUGCAGAGAGGUACUGACUUGGCCGUCGUCAGGAACCAGGCGGAAAACCAGAUGUUACGGAGCAUGUUUAAUGAAAGCAAAGCUUUCUGGGUGGGUUUGUUCAGAGAUGAGUGGCAAUGGUCGGACCAGAGCGACAGUUCUUUCCGAUCCUGGGAGAUCGCUCAGCCAAACAGCGAUGGAUCAUGUGCAUUGCUUAACAUGCCCAACACAUGGUUUGACAGAGCUUGUGGUAACCGCUAUCCUUUCAUCUGUCACACCGAAAAAGAAGUAAGAAAACAGACCAUUGUGAAGGUGGAAAUGAAGUCAAAUUCAGACCUGAAUGACCCGACUGUGAGUGAAGCCAUUCUGAACCAAAUCCAACAGAAGUACGGCAUGGUCAAGCUUCAAUGGAGAAUCCAGCCGGACGGAAAGAUUUUCCACAAAAAAGAAAAGAAGGAAAUCAAAGAAACCUGUAAAAAUAAAGUAAAGUCGACGUUAUGAAAUGAUCUGCAGUGCAAAACAAGACUUGACAAUUACUCCUGAAAACAUGCAAAGGCACCUUAAGGGUGAAAGAUAAAAUUACAGUAACAUCAUGAGAAGUAAAAAAAAAAAUUAUGUUUUUUUUUUUUUUAAAUGCUCUUUGGAAAGAGACUUUGUUGCAUUUGACAAAUACAUUUUUUCAAGUCUUUUUAAGUUUUUAAGUCAAUAACGUAGCAUUUUUAAUACCCUGCAGUUAGGAUACGUGUUGAAAUGUAUCUGAGAAGCAUUAUAUAUAUUUCAUUAUGUAGGUUUAGUAAGUGAUAGAAAGAUGUCUCACCUUUUAGGUGUUUCCUACUCCCUUCUAAACGUAUCUUACAUCUUUAUUUUAUUCAGAAUUUGUUUGUUUUCUUAUAUUUUGUUGCAUAUUUUAUCUAAUAUAUUUAUUACAUGAUAUUUAUAAUAGUUUUGAUAUGAAUUAAAAUCUUUAACUGCAAAGUAAUAAUGUGUGUUUGAUACUUUUUUUGCAUUGAAUCAUACUCGAAUGAUUACUGAAACUGGCCCUACCGAAAACAAUCCACCAGCCGCCACUGGGCCUAGAUGUGGAUUAUUGUGAGCAUCUGCUGGAGUCUGACGGGCAGGACGAUGAGCGACGGGUUGGUUGAUGACCUCACAGCUGAAACAGGACACACAAAGACAG